CACCGCUGAACUGUUAAAACACAUUGUACACUUGCAACCGUACGCAAUCUUUCACCUCUCCGGAAACCCCAAUUCCCCCUUAAACCCUAAUCUGCGUACCCACCCUGUCUUCCUCUCGCAUACCAAAUCGUGGCCUCUCUAUUGCCAAAACUCUAACCCCUAACAACAUGAGACACCAAUGGCGAUUGCUUCUUCUCCGACCCCACCACCUUCUCCGCUCCCAGCUCCGCAUCGCUCAAUCCUCACAUUUCCAGGUGCUCUCCAAUCCCAAUCUCCCACCACUUCACUCUCUCACUUCAUUCUUCCACUUCACAGCUCCACAACCCAUUUCCGAUUCGCAAUUCAAAAAUCCUACGAACCCCAUUUUCCGUAGUUUCUCGUCUGAACCUGCCCUUGAAGAGAAAAACUCGGAUCACAUGGUUUUAGCCGAUAUUUUUGCAAGUGACAAGGGUUUCGAUGACAUUAAGAAAGAUUUGGCGCUGAGCGAGGUUGUGGUUAGUCAUGAAUUGGUAUUGGGGGUUUUACGGAAGCUCGAAUCGAGCCCUGGUGCGGCGAAGAGGUUUUUCGAUUGGGUUUUGGAGAGUGAGAGUGAAAGGUUGAGCUCUAAAUCUUUUAAUUUAAUGCUGGGCAUUCUUGGUAAUAACGGGUUUGUGAAGGAGUUUUGGGAUUUGGUUGAGGCUAUGAAACAAAGGGGGUAUGGGAUAUCGAAGGGCGUGCAAAAUAAAGUCUUGGAGAAGUUUGAAAAAGAUGGAUUCGGUAGUGAUGUUGAGAAAUUGAGAGAUGUAUAUGCAUCUGGGUCAAUGGAUAAUUCAGUGGAGAAGGUUUGUUUAAGGGUCUGUAAAAUUGUUAGGAGUGAGGUGUGGGGUGAUGAUCUGGAGAGGCGAUUACAGGAAUUGAGUGUUAUAUACUCGAGUGAUAUGGUUAAGAUGGUAUUGCAGAAGGUCGGAGUGGAAUCAAUGAAAGCAUUGAUGUUCUUUAGGUGGGUGGAGGAGAGUGGGUUGUUUAAGCACAAUGAGCAGACUUAUAAUGCUAUGGCCAGGGUGCUGGGGAGGGAAGAUUGUAUCGAUAGGUUUUGGAAGGUUGUUGAUGAGAUGAGAAGCAAUGGUUAUGAAAUGGAGUAUGAGACAUAUGUUAAGGUUUUGGGGCGGUUUUGUAAAAGAAAAAUGAUUAAGGAUGCGGUGGAUUUGUAUGAGUUUGCCAUGGCUGGUGCACAUAAGCCUUCAGUGAAUUGUUGUACCUUCCUAUUGAGGAAAGUAGCAGUUGGUAGACAAUUCGAUAUGCACCUAUUUUCUAGGGUUGUCAUGAUCUUUACUGAAAGUGGGAAUGUGAUGAAAAAUUCUAUGCUUGAUGCAGUUCUCAAGUCUUUAGCCAGUGUUGGUAGAUUUAGAGAAUGCAAUAAGGUUCUAAAAGCAAUGAAAGAAGGUGGGUUUGCGGCCAACCGUCAUUUACAGAGUAAAAUUGUGUUCAGACUUAGUAGUUCUGGUAAAAAGGAAGAGGCAAGUGAACUUAUGGAGAAUUUGGAAAAAUCUGGGUCCAAUCUAGAUCACAGGACAUGGGCUUCUUUCAUAGAGGGGCACUGUGUAGCUGGCGACCUUGAUAAGGCUUAUGAUUGUUUCCAAAAUAUGGUUGAAAAAGAGGGAGUCUCUUCUUCUGGUUAUGCAUUUAACAUUUUGGUAAAUUCGUAUUGCCAAAAGAAUAGGGCAAUAGAUGCAUGCAAGCAUCUGGUUGAUCUGGUCAGUGUAAAACAGUUAAAACCUUGGCAUACUACAUAUCAAGAGUUGAUAAAUAAGUUGCUGGUUCAGGGUGGGUUUAAAGAUGCUUUAAAUCUUUUGGGUUUGAUGAAAAAUCAAGGGUUUCCGCCUUACGUGGAUCCGUUUAUCAAGUUUGUAUCAAAGUCGGGAACUGGUGAUGAUGCGAUUGCCUUUCUGAAGCAAAUGACUUCAAAGAGGUAUCCGGCAACAUCUGUGUUCCUCCACAUGUUUGAAGCCUUCUUCAAGUCUGGAAGGCAUACUGAAGCCCAAAAUAUGCUUUCCAAAUGCCCAGGUUACAUUCGCAACCAUGCAGAUGUCUUGAAUCUCUUCUGUUCCUCUCAGUCCAGAAAAGGUGCGUCUAUGGCUAAUGUGGCUGUUUAGGCAUUUGUUGGGCUGUAUUUUGUGAUUUUUUCAUGUGAGGAUAAUGUAGCAUCGUAUUUCUUCAAGAAAUUUUGGUAUGCUGUUUUCUUUUCUCUUCUAA